AUGAAGAGUUUGUUCACAUCUCAGGUACUUAAGGUACCUCCGGAAGUCACUGUUACCGUGAAGUCGAGGAAGGUGACGGUGAAGGGCAAGUACGGCGAGCUGACGAGAAGCUUCACGCACCUGCCAGUGGACCUGGCCAUGUCCAAGGACAACAAGUCAGUGGUGAUCAAGCUGUGGUUCGGAUCAAGAAGCAAGAUAGCAGCUCUGAGAACAUGCCUGACACACAUCAGUAACAUGAUGACGGGAGUCAGCAAAAAGUACCAGUACAAGAUGCGCCUGGUACACGCACAUUUCCCAAUCAACUCGAACGUGAGCGACGACGGAAAGGUAGUGGAGGUGCGCAACUUCCUGGGAGAAAAAAAGGUGCGCGUGGUCAAGGUGCUGCCUGGAGUUAAGGUCGUGAAGUCAGAAAGCGUCAAGGACGAGCUGGUGCUGACAGGAGUGGACGUGGAGUCAGUGUCGCGCUCAGCAGCACUGAUACACCAGUCGUCACUCGUGAGAAAAAAGGACAUAAGACAGUUCCUCGACGGAAUAUACGUUAGCGAAAAGGGCAACGUCGACGAGUAA